AUGAUUUUUUAUGUAAAUGAACUCAUAACAACUUAACACGGCUAAAAUAUAAAGCACACCUGACUUAGAUGAGGUUUUAUGGUUUUUGUUCCUCAAUUUUCCAAGGUCAAGAUGAUCUUUUUCUUUCUCGAUUCGCGAAGAAAGGAUGUGAGAUGGCAGACUUAGGUUGAGACAGAUCGGCGUUAGAAUCGAUCAAAGGCCAUCUUUAAUGGAAGUUUAUGCCUCAUAUUUACACAAUAUAAUUAUUUGAGACGUGUAUGUAAAUAUGGUUUGAAUAAGGUGUUAGCUUAAACCAUUGGACUAUAAAGAUGUCUUUCUUUCCAGAACUGUAGUUCAUCACGACUUGAUAUAUCGUGCGGCAGAGCAUAAAGUACUUAGACACUUCUCAAACAAAAACUAAGGCAUGUAAAUUUUCGUCAAGCACGGGGCAGUGUAAGCCUAUGAUCGCUUUAGCUGGAGCGUAAAAGAAAACACGAAAUAAAAAUGACCAAUUUCAGCGUGUCUGCGAUGGAGGCAUCAAGAAACUCAGAUAAACAGGAAUUGUACUUCGUAGUCAUCACUUGUACACUGAUCGCAAUACUAAUUAUAUUGACGCUCCUCGGAAACACUUUAGUGAUGGUUGCGUUUUACCUCUGUAAAGAACUGCGUACAAUUACAAACUAUUUCCUUGUGUCGCUGUCUUUGGCUGAUUUGCUGACAGCUUUACUAGCAAUGCCAAUCUUUUUGGUUUCUCGAGUUACAUCGGAUGGUACUAUGUUUCCUGGGGGAGCCGUAUUCUACGAUGUUUGGCGAUCAAUAGAUAUCCUUUGUGGCACGGCAUCAAUAUGGAACCUGUGCUUGGUUAGUUUAGACAGAUUUCUUGCAGUCGCAUCCCCGCUUAAACACUUAGUGAUACUCACGCCAACGCGAGCUAAGGGAGUCAUUGUACUUGUUUGGGCAACCUCUCUCGGUCUCUCUGGAAUUCUCCACGUAAACUGGAACUACAAAGGAGUGUUUAUCACCAUUAUCAGCUUUUUCCUACCACUUAUAAUAAUCAUUUUUUCCUACGCCAAGAUUUACCAGGUCACCACAAGAACUUGCGUCUUACGGCGUAGUGGGGGUAUGCAACUUAAAAGAGAUAUUCGCUCGGCUAAACAAAUGGUUCUGGUUAUCGGAAUGUUUAUUCUAUGUUGGGUCGGGUUUUUUGUCUUGACACUUAUCCUUUCCACGAAACGAUCCACUUCUUCUUCGAUAAAUCCUGGCGUCUUGGACUUUGUUAAGUCUCUAACCUACCUGAACUCAUGUAUCAAUCCUCUUUUAUUUAUUAUGGUCAGUAGAACUUUUAAGAAAGCUAUUCUCGAUAUUCUUCGUUGUAGGAGACCGCGUGUAACGCAGGAAAGAUGUAAGUUAUUUGGAAGAAGACAAAAACGUUUUGGGUCAUCUUUAGUUUCGUCGUUUUCAAGACGGUCGUCUGCUAGUUACAGACAAAAUUCAGACACUGCAGGGCCAUGUUGUCGAAAGGUUGUUACGUACGUUGAGAAAGAAACAUGUGUUUAGCAUAACUGAAAUAUUUAUAAUAAGUGAAAACACAUUGCGUUUACACCCUAAUAAAAUUGAAUGGAUUUCUCA